AUGUCUCGGGGGGGCUGUGCUGAACAUUCCUCGUCCUACCAGUGCUCUGAAUUCGCCCCUUCUGCGGCGACCGUCAAGGCCAUGAUCAUCAACAGCGCGCACCUGAUGGGUGGCAGCAGUGAACCGAACGGCGUUCGUGGCUUUGGCCGAGUUCACCUCGAGGCGGGCAUGCCCAUGGACGGCGUCGGUGUAACCGGCCUUCUCGUUGUCGAAGCAGCCAUCGCUGACGGCGAGAUUACCGAGCUGGUCACGGUCGACGGGGAUGCUGGAGUGGAGCUCCGAGCAACGCUCGCAUGGCUCGACCCCCCAACGACGGCCUUAUCGGCCACGCAGCUUCAGCACGACCUCGACCUACAUGUGAUAGCCCCAAGCGGUACCAAGUACACCAUGUGGGAAUCGGGUGAAGAUGACAUCGUCAAUGUUGUGGAGCGUGUGAUCGUGCCAGUUGAAUCGAUGGAGAGUGGCGUGUGGAGCGUAGUCGUGUCGGCCAAGGCACUACUUACCGAUGAACAGUUGUGCUCGUUGGUGGUAACGGGGGCUAUCUACAGCUCCAAGUAG